CUUCACCUCGAUGCAGACUCAUGGCAAUCAAGCGCUGCAACUUCUGGUACCAUGUUCCAUCAAUUCAAAUUUCCCGCUCCAAUCCUGACGAGCCUGACGUUGGUGACGGAUGGAAGGGGCAUUACGAAUGGAGUUCUUCCUCAGAUGUUCGAUGGCGAAAUGCCCAGCUUGAAAAAACUUUGCCUCAAACAUCUAACGGCGUGGCCUAGAGGUUAUUUUCAAUCCCUCACACACGUAUGCUUAUACGACCAGAAUGAAAGCACACGACCAACAAUGGAUGAAUUUCUUGAUUUUUUGGCCAGUUCCCCUUCCCUUGAGGAAUUAGCUCUA